AUGCACACUACAACCCGUCACACUCGUCCCUCAAAGGGUGCCCCCUCAGCGCCUGGUCUUCCCGACACCCUCCGUAACAAGAUUACUCUCCCCGCUACCGCUCAUGCCUCCUCUACCAACCACCCCACCGCCAGUGAGAUAUCCCCUCUUCCACACACCCGCUCGAAGCCCGCCUGCUCGCCUGGCGCGCAGACCCAAGAUCGCGAUGAAGAUGGAGUCCUUUCGCCGGGCGUAUGGCAUUGCUGA